AUGGCUCAGUUACAACUACUAAACAUUUCUUCAAAUAGUUUAAGCGGAGAGAUUCCGAGGGAAUUGGGAAGCAUGCCGAUGUUGUUAGAACUCGAUUUAAGUACCAACUCGAUCAUGGGAAAUGUCCCAACUGAAAUUGGACUUUUAUCACAUCUGGCACAUCUAAACUUGGCAUCAAAUAAUUUGAGUGGAUCAAUAUUGGUGCCGUUAAGCUCAUGCAAAAGCUUGUUGAGCUUGAACUUGAGUAGAAACAAAUUUUUUAGCAAUAUUCCUCUUGAGAUAGCCAACAUACAAUUUCUUGAAGUUCUCGACUUGAGUCAUAAUUUGUUGAGUGGAAGCAUACCAGGAAAGCUUGGAAAGCUAAGAAUGCUGGAAGUUCUAAAUAUUUCCCACAACGGUCUUUCUGGUUCUAUUCCACAUACUUUUGGUGAUAUGUUGGCCUUGACUUCUAUCGAUGUAUCCUAUAAUGACCUAGAAGGUCCUCUCCCAAAUGUCAAGGCUUUCAAUGAGGCCCCAUUUGAGGUAAUAUGGCAUAAUAGAGGGCUUUGUGGAAAUGUUGUUGGUUUACCUAAAUGCAAUUCCAUCGGGAGUGAGAAACACAAUCGAUACGUUGGAACCAGAGUCAUAGUUAUCCUCAUUCUCUCGUUCUUGGGGUUUCUCUUUUUCUCAUGCACAUGGGCCAUUCUUGUAAUCGUCAAUCAUCGUCGAAGAAGGAUUAUCAAGAAGGACAACAAUGAACGGGCAAAUGAUUUGGAUUUCAUGCAUAUUUUGAGUUAUGAUGGCAAAGUUUUCUACAACCGAAUCAUCGAGGUCACAGAAGGAUUUGACUCUAAGUACUAUGUCAGUGAAGGAUCAUAUGGAAUCGUUUAUAAAGCUGAGAUAUCAAAAGGUCAAACGGUUGCUAUCAAGCAAACCUCUUCAUCGCAAGAAGAUGGUGAGAUUGUUGAUUUGAUAUCAUUUGAAAGGGAAAUUCAAGCCUUAAUGAAUAUACGCCAUCGCAACAUUGUGAAAUUUUAUGGAUUCUGCUCUCAUGCCCAACGCUGUUUUUUGGUGUAUGAGUACAUGGAAAGAGGAAGCUUGAGGACAACUUUGAAUGAUGAUGAAAGAGCAAUAGAAUUUUCAUGGGACAAGAGGGUAAAUGUGGUCCGAGGAAUUGCGAAUGCAUUGUCCUAUAUGCAUCACGAAUGUUCACCUUCAUUGAUUCAUCGAGACUUGACCAGUAACAACAUUCUAUUGGAUCAGCAUUAUAAGGCUCAUAUUUCUGAUUUUGGCACUGCAAGGCUAUUGAGGCCAGAUUCGUCAAAUUGGACUCUUAUUGCUGGCACUAUCGGAUAUAUUGCUCCAGAAAAGUGUGAUGUGUAUAGCUUUGGAGUAGUUGCGUUAGAAACAAUCAUGGGAAAGCAUCCAAGAGAUCAUGUUUCUUGGGAAUGUUCAUCGUCUUCCCAAAUUGAGCCGCCAAUGAUGCUGAAGGAUGUGCUAGAUCAACGUCUCUCACCUUCUAGACUUCAUCUUCGAGAUGCACAAGAUGUGGUCUUGAUUGCCAAGCUAGCAUUCGCGUGCUUGCAGGCCAAUCCACAGCUUCGACCGAGCAUGAGACAAAUCUCACAAGAGCUUUGCAUUCAAGUACCCUUGGAAAUGCCACUCUCUACAAUCAGUUUAAAGCAACUUCGCGAUCUUAGUGUCAAGAAGAUUGGAGCACAUAAAAGAGAUGGUAAGUUCUAA